AUGGCGUCCGCAACCAAGGACGAGAAGCCCACCACCUCCUCCACCGAGCAGAAGGCCGAGCAGCCCCAGCAACAACAGAAGGCCGCCUUUGAGGAGGACGACGAGUUUGAGGAUUUCCCUGUACAAGACUGGGGCGCCGAAGAGACCGAGGCCGCAGGCAGCGGGGGCACUCAGCACCUGUGGGAGGAGUCGUGGGACGACGAUGACACGAGCGAUGACUUUUCCGCGCAGCUCAAGGAGGAACUGAAGAAGGUCGAGGCAUCCAAGCGGAGGUAG